GCACCAUAAGUUGCCACAAAAGUAGAAGAAGAUAGCAAAAGAAGAUAACUACUGUCUGGGGUCUGAUCGCUUCAAAGAUGAUCAUCUGGGAUCUGCUCCUCUUCUUUCAGUGAAGCUCCUCCCACUGGAAUUCACUAAUAAAUGCUGGAAUAUUCCCAUCAGCCUACAAGUGAAGACGAGCAUCAAGAACAAAGAGACCAGAUGGAGGUGAAAAAGAAAAGGAAAGAAUCAAAUGAGGUGGAAGAGAAACACCAUUUCAUCACUGGAGGAAAAUCUUUGACUUUCUCACAGACUGAAAAGACUGAAGCCAAGAAGUCGUUCGCCUGCCCUCAGUGUGGAGAGAGUUUCACACGUAAAAGAAGUGUCAGGGAGCACAUGAGUACUCAUUCUAAAGAGAAACUGUUAACAUGUGACCAGUGUGGAGAGAGUUUCACACGUAAAAGUAGUCUCAGGGAGCACAUGAGUACUCAUUCUAAAGAGAAACUGUUGACAUGUGACCAGUGUGGAGAGAGUUUCGCAAGAAAAAGAAGUCUCAGGGAGCACAUGAGUACUCAUUCUAAAGAGACACUGUUGACAUGUGACCAGUGUGGAGAGGGUUUCGCACGUAAAAGAAGUCUCGAGGAGCACAUGAGUACUCAUUCUAAAGAGAAUCUGUCGACAUGUGACCAGUGUGGAGUGAGUUUCACACGUAAAAGUAGUCUCAGGGAGCACAUGAGUACUCAUUCUAAAGAGAAACUGUUAACAUGUGACCAGUGUGGAGAGAGUUUCACACGUAAAAGUAGUCUCAGGGAGCACAUGAGUACUCAUUCUAAAGAGAAACUGUUGACAUGUGACCAGUGUGGAGAGAGUUUCGCAAGAAAAAGAAGUCUCAGGGAGCACAUGAGUACUCAUUCUAAAGAGACACUGUUGACAUGUGACCAGUGUGGAGAGGGUUUCGCACGUAAAAGAAGUCUCGAGGAGCACAUGAGUACUCAUUCUAAAGAGAAUCUGUCGACAUGUGACCAGUGUGGAGAGAGUUUCGCACGUAAAAGAAGUCUCGAGGAGCACAUGAGUACUCAUUCUAAAGAGAAUCUGUCGACAUGUGACCAGUGUGGAGAGGGUUACGCACGUAAAAGAAGUCUCGAGGAGCACAUGAGUACUCAUUCUAAAGAGAAUCUGUCGACAUGUGACCAGUGUGGAGAGGGUUUCGCACGUAAAAGAAGUCUCGAGGAGCACAUGAGUACUCAUUCUAAAGAGAAUCUGUUGACACGUGACCAGUGUGGAGAGGGUUUCGCACGUAAAAGAAGUCUCGAGGAGCACAUGAGUACUCAUUCUAAAGAGAAUCUGUCGACAUGUGACCAGUGUGGAGAGGGUUACGCACGUAAAAGAAGUCUCGAGGAGCACAUGAGUACUCAUUCUAAAGAGAAUCUGUCGACAUGUGACCAGUGUGGAGAGGGUUUCGCACGUAAAAGAAGUCUCGAGGAGCACAUGAGUACUCGUUCUAAAGAGACACUGUUGACAUGUGACCAGUGUGGAGAGGGUUUCGCACGUAAAAGAAGUCUCAGGGAGCACAUGAGUACUCAUUCUAAAGAGAAACUGUUGACAUGUGACCAGUGUGGAGAGAGUUUCACACGUAAAAGUAGUCUCAGGGAGCACAUGAGUACUCAUUCUAAAGAGAAUCUGUCGACAUGUGACCAGUGUGGAGAGGGUUUCGCACGUAAAAGAAGUCUCGAGGAGCACAUGAGUACUCAUUCUAAAGAGACACUGUUGACAUGUGACCAGUGUGGAGAGGGUUUCGCAAGAAAAAGAAGUGUCAGGGAGCACAUGAGUACUCAUUCUAAAGAGAAACUGUUGACAUGUGACCAGUGUGGAGAGAGUUUCGCACGUAAAAGAAGUCUCGAGGAGCACAUGAGUACUCAUUCUAAAGAGAAUCAGUUGACACGUGACCAGUGUGGAGAGGGUUUCGAAAGAAAAAGAAGUGUCAGGGAGCACAUGAGUACUCAUUCUAAAGAGAAUCAGUUGACACGUGACCAGUGUGGAGAGGGUUUCACACGUAAAAGAAGUCUCGAGGAGCACAUGAGUACUCAUUCUAAAGAGACACUGUUGACAUGUGACCAGUGUGGAGAGGGUUUCGCAAGAAAAAGAAGUGUCAGGGAGCACAUGAGUACUCAUUCUAAAGUGAAUCAGUUGACAUGUGACCAGUGUGGAGAGAGUUUCACACGUAAAAGUAGUCUCAGGGAGCACAUGAGUACUCAUUCUAAAGAGAAUCUGUUGACACGUGACCAGUGUGGAGAGGGUUUCGCACGUAAAAGAAGUCUCGAGGAGCACAUGAGUACUCAUUCUAAAGAGAAUCUGUUGACAUGUGACCAGUGUGGAGAGGGUUUCGCACGUAAAAGAAGUCUCAGGGAGCACAUGAGUACUCAUUCUAAAGAGAAACUGUUGACAUUUGACCAGUGUGGAGAGAGUUUCGCACGUAAAAGAAGUCUCGAGGAGCACAUGAGUACUCAUUCUAAAGAGACACUGUUGACAUGUGACCAGUGUGGAGAGAGUUUCACACGUAAAAGUAGUCUCAGGGAGCACAUGAGUACUCAUUCUAAAGAGACACUGUUGACAUGUGACCAGUGUGGAGAGAGUUUCACACGUAAAAGUAGUCUCAGGGAGCACAUGAGUACUCAUUCUAAAGAGAAUCAGUUGACACGUGACCAGUGUGGAGAGGGUUUCACACGUAAAAGAAGUCUCGAGGAGCACAUGAGUACUCAUUCUAAAGAGACACUGUCGACAUGUGACCAGUGUGGAGAGGGUUUCGCACGUAAAAGAAGUCUCGAGGAGCACAUGAGUACUCAUUCUAAAGAGAAUCAGUUGACAUGUGACCAGUGUGGAGAGAGUUUCGCACGUAAAAGAAGUCUCGAGGAGCACAUGAGUACUCAUUCUAAAGAGACACUGUUGACAUGUGACCAGUGUGGAGAGGGUUUCGCAAGAAAAAGAAGUGUCAGGGAGCACAUGAGUACUCAUUCUAAAGAGAAUCUGUCGACAUGUGACCAGUGUGGAGAGGGUUUCGCACGUAAAAGAAGUCUCGAGGAGCACAUGAGUACUCGUUCUAAAGAGAAUCUGUCGACAUGUGACCAGUGUGGAGAGGGUUUCGCACGUAAAAGAAGUCUCGAGGAGCACAUGAGUACUCGUUCUAAAGAGACACUGUUGACAUGUGACCAGUGUGGAGAGGGUUUCGCACGUAAAAGAAGUCUCGAGGAGCACAUGAGUACUCAUUCUAAAGAGAAUCAGUUGACACGUGACCAGUGUGGAGAGGGUUUCGCAAGAAAAAGAAGUCUCAGGGAGCACAUGAGUACUCAUUCUAAAGAGAAUCUGUUUACAUGUGACCAGAUACCUAACAAGUGUUCACACUGCUACAUGAAUUUCAGUCAACCAGCAGACCUGGAAAGACACAAGAUGAUCCACACUGGAGAGAAACCUUACAAGUGUUCACGCUGCAAAAAGAGAUUCCUUGUGUCAGAAAAUCUGAAAAUACAUGAGAGGAUCCACACAGCAGAGAAACCUUACAAGUGUUCACACUGCGAGAAGAGUUUCAGGUAUCCAUCAGAACUGGAAGGACACGAGAUGAUCCACACUGGAGAGAAACCUUACAAGUGUUCAUACUGCAAAAAGAGAUUCCGUGACUCAAGACAACUGAAAAUGCAUGUGAGGAUCCACACCGGAGAGAAACCUUACGAGUGUUCACACUGCGACAAGAGAUUUGCUCAGAUAAUAGUUAAGAAAAGACAUGAGAGGAUCCACACUGGAGAGAAACCUUACGAGUGUUCAUACUGUCACAUGAGAUUCAGUCGGUUAGGAAUUCUGAAAAAACACAAGGAAAGAAAACAUUUGUAGCCCCUCCAGUUCACACCGCCCACUACAAGCAAGACUCGAACCCGGGCCUGUCCUCAUGGGUGGUGGGCGCUCUAACAAGGAGGCUAAAGACCGCAGUCUCUAGCAUCAGUCACCAGAGCACCUCUUGAGAUCAGGGGAGUGAGGUUUACACGAACAGCCCUUACCGGUGUCCAUUAUGUCUGUAACUAAUAUCUGUAAAAAGUUUUGAGAUUUUCAUACACUGAAACAUGGAUAUUCAAAAAUGUAAAAAAAAAAAACUGUCAUAAAACUUUGAAGCUUGGGAGCACAGACUUAAGUUUAGUCUCAUUUUAAAAAAGACCCUUGAAAAAGAAUCUUGAAGUAAAAAAGGAAAAAAAAAAAAAAUAUAUAUAUAUAUAUAUAUUAUAUGAAAUAUGUUGAACUCUAAAACUACUAGAAAAUCAAAGCCAUAAAUCUAAACAAGUUGUGUUCCAAAUUUGAGGUUGAUAUCUCAAAAAACGAGUUUUCAGUAAGAUUUUGUUUGGGUGCAGUACCAAAUUUUCUCCAUUAGAUGCCAGCAAAACUCCACUGGUACACACAGUGGUUGGAUUUGUGAUUUGCAGUAGAGUUUCUCUCUCUUAAAUAUUAUAAGCACGCACACACAAUUAUUUUAUUACACUCAUACAAGCCACACCCUGACAUCCAUACCAACACACCCACACCAUUAUAGCUGGCAUUAACAGGCAAAAUUAUCAAAAAAAAACAACAAAAAUGAAAGACUGAAAAAUGUCCAUAAGGUCAAUCAAACGUUUAAUAAAAACUGACCUGGUUUAUUUUGUGAAUGCAUAUUACUGGGUACAAUUCAUCCAUGCAUGUUUUUGUAACAUUUUUUUAAUAAUAAUCUUUAAUCAAAUGGUGCAGUUUGUUGGUUGUCUUCUAGUGUUUCUAUGCUAUGUUUGUUUCUGUUUGGAGUUAUAAUAUUACUGCAGUUUAUUAAUCAUCAAGUGUCAUUUAAGAGUAGCCAAAGCUAUGUUAUAGCUCUAAUUUGAAGUUCACAAUUUGCAAUAACAUUAAUCUAAAAUAAGCUUUUAUUCACUUAAUUACACUACAUUUGAUAUAAUAUAUAUAUAACUUAUACAUUUUGUAUUUACUUGUAUAUUAAUUUUGUAUUUUUACAUUAAGAAUUUAAUUAUUGUUCUAUUUAUUAAAACCAAGUCAAUCUUAUCAAGUUAGUGUUUAAAACAUUUUUACACAUUCCAAAAUAAUAACUAAAGGCAGUAACAGUUUAACCCUCUAUGAUACGCAGUAUGAUAUCAAUGAGGAAAAAAUUAUUUGUGGUGUUUUUUCCUGCCUAAAAUUGUACACUAUAACAAUAUCAAUAUACAUUUUCAUUAAUUUUUAAUUUAUAUUUUAAAAGUUCAUUUAAAAGUCUCAUUUUAUUAAAAACAAACUAAAAAAGACUAUGUUGCCUGGAGGCAACACCAUACCAUAGAGGGUUGAACAAUAUAUUUUAUUUGUGUAUUGAUUUUCAGCUGUUCUUUUUAAUAUUCAACUUAUUUCGGAUCAUCAGUCAUGCUCGGUAAACACUCUGUCACAGUCACGAAGAUGUACCUUUAAUUUCACCAAGCUGAUUGCUCACUAAAACCCCUGCAGUCAUCAUGUUUUCAAAUUUUUCACGUUUGAUUUUGACGUGACAUAAAGCGGUGAUAUCUAAGCUGUUUACUUACUUUUUAAUUAGUCUUCCUAUUGAAGACAUCACUUUGUUCAUUCAGACUGACGCGUACAAUGCGCACAUAAACAAGAGGCAGGAUUUAUCGAACAAACCAAUCAUAUCCAAGCAUAACCGAACAUAUCCAAUCGUAGCACGAUGGAGGCACUGCUUCCUCUCACAUGACUUUCCCCCAUUGAUUCUUUGUUACCCCCCACAAAACCCACCGCACACUUAAGGGGCUCUGUUCAUUCUCUGUGAGCUGAGGGGAGGCACGAGAGACUUGGACUCCUGCUGUAACUUUUCCUUUAGAAAAACAAGUGACUUGUACACUUUUUAUCAGUCUUUGUCAGGUGACGCCACACUCAUAAAAACCGGAGUGCAUUAUGGGUGUCGCUGGUAUUUGUAGGGUAUCCAAACAAUCUGUUUCAGAGCAGAGUUGUUUUUUCUUUUGCUUCCUUUCACUGGAAAAAUGGCACACUUUUGUUGUGUGAAAAGCUGCAAUAAUACGUCACACGAUAGAACAUGUCAAAAAUUUUACUACGAGACAAGGUUUUGUCAGUUUCCAACUUGAAAAAAGGCUGUAUGGACAGUAUAGAGGCAAUAACAGAGGCGCCGGAUGGUCUAGGUCACAGCGGUGAGAUGCAAAAGCAUCAUUUUUCACAAAAUAUCUCCAUUUGUGUAUGCUUGUUCUCUACAAUUUCCAGACCUGCCAACAUGUACGCAUUUUGCGUAGCAGGUAUGCAUUUUGACCUGAAAGUACGCUGGCACUGGUUUGUCACUCUAAACUAUGCAAAAACCUGGUGACUCCUCUGUGCAUGCGUAGUACUCAAAUAAAGCAAAAGAAAAAGAGUUUGACCAAUCAUAGCGCUGUGCUCAUUUCCCCAAAUAGCAAGAGAGGAUGAUUGACAAAUGUGUAAGGCCUAACAUUAAAAAGAGACUGCAAAUCGACAGCAACACAAAAUCCCGCUCAAUCUCCCUCCUUCCACUCCCGCCGUCUCAGUGACUGAAUUCUCAAGCGAGGACAGUACUGUAGUCACGGUACUUCUAACUUCUUAAGGUAAACGGGUAUAAAAUGCUCAAGUAAUAUUGAACAACAAAUCUAAAUAAAAUUGAAAUCGCUAUAUGGCUUAGUGAUUAUGAAAGUGCUGUGAUUUGUGGAUGACUGACAAGCGCGAGUCUGGGGAAACAGCCGUUUAUUUAUUUAUUCUCUCUCUUUUUUUUAUGCUUUAUUAUGUCUUUCAAUUCAAGCAUAUUUAAUACAAAUACCAAUAAACAUCUCCUUCAAAGACAUAAUAUUUUUUACCAAUAAUUAUUCCUCAUUUUUUUCUACUUUCUCUUCCUUUCACUUUUUCUUUUGUGAUAAUACCCAUUACCAACACAAAAAAUAAAUAAAUGAUAAUUAGAGACAUAACCAAUACAUACAUAAUUAAGCACUUUUACAUAUAGAAAUAAUUUCAAAAUCUUAUACUAACACCUAAUUCCUAAUAAGUAAUUCAAAUAGUAUUUUUUUAAACAUCAAUUAAUAUUAAUAUUAAAUAAGUCAAUUAAAAUAAAUAAUAAUUAAAUUAGAAGGGAGGCAGAAUUAUACAAAAAGGUAAAUAAAAUAUGCAUUCCUUUAUUUUUUAUAUAUACAAAAUAAAGCAAUGCAUAUUUAUUUAUUCUCAGUGUUGAGAAACGUAUAGUUAAUAAUAACUAAAGUACCUAAUUAUGUUACAUAGCCUACUUGUUUUGUAUGAAAACUAGCACAUUAGUUACCUAUGGAUUUAAAAGUACCGUUGUCUCAGUGCUGCUCGAGCUCUCUCUCAUACACAAAUGCGCGCGCACACAGAGAGGGAAGAUCAUUGUGAAAUUAAAAUUGACGUGCUAGGUUUAAAAUUAGUUCUUGCUUGUGUUAUUUUGGAGUCCUCCGCUUGAGAGGAUUCCAGAGAACACUGAGAACAAAUUGCUUAGCGGGAGAAAAUAAUGAUAAAUGUCAUUAGGCUUAAAUAUAUAGUGUAUACAGCUAUGUAUUUACAAUGGGUACGGAAAGUAUUCAGACCCCCUUAAAUUUUUCACUCUUUGUUAUAUUGCAGCCAUUUGCUAAAAUCAUUUAAGUUCAUUUUUUUCCUCAUUAAUGUACACACAGCACCCCAUAUUGAGAGAAAAACACAGAAUUGUUGACAUUUUUGCAGAUUUAUUAAAAAAGAAAAACUGAAAUAUCACAUGGUCCUAAGUAUUCAGACCCUUUGCUGUGACACUCAUAUAUUUAACUCAGGUGCUGUCCAUUUCUUCUGAUCAUCCUUGAGAUGGUUCUACACCAUCUACACCUUCAUUUCAGCUGUGUUUGAUUAUACUGAUUGGACUUGAUUAGGAAAGCCACACACCUGUCUAUAUAAGACCUUACAGCUCACAGUGCAUGUCAGAGCAAAUGAGAAUCAUGAGGUCAAAGGAACUGCCUGAAGAGCUCAGAGACAGAAUUGUGGCAAGGCACAGAUCUGGCCAAGGUUACAAAAAAAUUUCUGCUGCACUUAAGGUUCCUAAGAGCACAGUGGCCUCCAUAAUCCUUAAAUGGAAGACGUUUGGGACGACCAGAACCCUUCCUAGAGCUGGCCGUCUGGCCAAACUGAGCUAUCGGGGGAGAAGAGCCUUGGUGAGAGAGGUAAAGAAGAACCCAAAGAUCACUGUGGCUGAGCUCCAGAGAUGCAGUCGGGAGAUGGGAGAAAGUUGUAGAAAGUCAACCAUCACUGCAGUCCUCCACCAGUUGGGGCUUUAUGGCAGAGUGGCCCGACGGAAGCCUCUCCUCAGUGCAAGACACAUGAAAGCCCGCAUGGAGGACUCCAAGAUGGUGAGAAAUAAGAUUCUCUGGUCUGAUGAGACCAAGAUAGAACUUUUUGGCCUUAAUUCUAAGCGGUAUGUGUGAAGAAAACCAGGCACUGCUCACAACAACUCUGUGACUGUUCUCAAAUGGCCCAGCCAGAGCCCUGACUUAAACCCAAUUGAGCAUCUCUGGAGAGACCUAAAAAUGGCUGUCCACCAACGUUUACCAUCCAACCUGACAGAACUGGAGAGGAUCUGCAAGGAGGAAUGGCAGAGGAUCCCCAAAUCCAGGUGUGAAAAACUUGUUGCAUCUUUCCCAAAAAGACUCAUGGCUGUAUUAGAUCAAAAGGGUGCUUCUACUAAAUACUGAGCAAAGGGUCUGAAUACUUAGAACCAUGUUGUCACGAUCACUGUCUGUUCCUGUCAGUUCCUGGACUCCAUUUCCCAUAAUCCUCCCUGCCAAUCAGAUGCACACUCCACACCAAUCACCAAUUGCCACACACACCUGUAGAUCAUUACCUGGACUAUAAAGGACUUACACACACACCACCUCAUUGUGAAGUCUUGUUAACCUGUGUUGCAAUUCUGAGCGUUUAUCAUCCUGUCUGCCUGUGUGUUCCCGUUACUGCCUGUUACCCGUUAUCGACCAGUUGCUGCCUGCCUUUGAUCCUUGCCUGGUAUUCUGUUCUGUGAGUGAUAUCUGCCUGUGGAAAGAGUUUCAUGUGUAAAAGAAGUCUCGAGGAGCACAUGAGUACUCAUUCUAAAGAGAAUCUGUUGACAUGUGACCAGUGUGGAGAGGGUUUCGCACGUAAAAGAAGUCUCAGGGAGCACAUGAGUACUCAUUCUAAAGAGAAUCUGUUGACAUGUGACCAGUGUGGAGAGGGUUUUACAUGUAAACAAAGCCUGAAUGAGCACAUAGGAACUCAUGCUGAAGAGAAACUGUUGACAUGUGACCAGUGUGGAGAGGGUUUCGCAAGAAAAAGAAGUCUCAGGGAGCACAUGAGUACUCAUUCUAAAGAGAAACUGUUGACAUGUGACCAGUGUGGAGAGGGUUUCACACGUAAAAAAGUCUCGAGGAGCACAUGAGUACUCAUUCUAAAGAGAAUCUGUCGACAUGUGACCAGUGUGGAGAGGGUUUUACAUGUAAACAAAGCCUGAAUGAGCACAUAGGACUCAUGCUGAAGAGAAACUGUUGACAUGUGACCAGUGUGGAGAGGGUUUCGCAAGAAAAAGAAGUCUCAGGGAGCACAUGAGUACUCAUUCUAAAGAGAAUCUGUUGACAUGUGACCAGUGUGGAGAGGGUUUCACACGUAAAAGAAGUCUCAGGGAGCACAUGAGUACUCAUUCUAAAGAGAAUCUGUUGACAUGUGACCAGUGUGGAGAGAGUUUCGCAAGAAAAAGAAGUCUCAGGGAGCACAUGAGUACUCAUUCUAAAGAGAAUCUGUCGACAUGUGACCAGUGUGGAGAGGGUUUUACAUGUAAACAAAGCCUGAAUGAGCACAUAGGAACUCAUGCUGAAGAGAAACUGUUGACAUGUGACCAGUGUGGAGAGGGUUUCGCACAUAAAAGAAGUCUCAGGGAGCACAUGAGUACUCAUUCUAAAGAGAAUCUGUUGACAUGUGACCAGUGUGGAGAGGGUUUCGCACAUAAAAGAAGUCUCAGGGAGCACAUGAGUACUCAUUCUAAAGAGAAUCUGUUGACAUGUGACCAGAAACCUAACAAGUGUUCACAAUGCUACAUGAGUUUCAGUCAACCAGCAGACCUGGAAAGACACAAGAUGAUCCACACUGGAGAGAAACCUUACAAGUGUUCACACUGUGACAAGAGAUUUACUUGGCUAGGAUAUCUGGAAAUACACGAGAGGAUCCACACUGGAGAGAAACCUUACAAGUGUUCACACUGUGACAAGAGAUUUACUUGGCCAGGAUAUCCGGAAAUACACGAGAGGAUCCACACUGGAGAGAAACCUUACAAGUGUACACACUGCGCCAAGAGAUUUUCUUGGCCAGGAUAUCUGAAAAUACACGAGAGGAUCCACACUGGAGAGAAACCUUACGAGUGUUCAUACUGUCACAUGAGAUUCAGUCGGUUAGGAAGUCUGAAAAAACACAAGGAAAAAAAACAUUUGUAGCCCCUCCAGUUCACACCGCCCACUACAAGCGAGACUCGAACCCGGGCCUGUCCUCAUGGGUGGUGGGCGCUCUAACAAGGAGGCUAAAGACCGCAGUCUCUUGCAUCAGUCACCAGAGCACCUCUUGAGAUCAGGGGAGUGAGGUUUACACGAACAGCCCUUACCGGUGUCCAUUACACAUGUCUGUAACUAAUAUCUGUAAAAAGUUUUGAGAUUUUCAUACACUGAAACAUGGAUAUUCAAAAAUGUAAAAAAAAAAAAAAACUGUCAUAAAACUUUGAAGCUUGGGAGCACAGACUUAAGUUUAGUCUCAUUUUAAAAAAAGACCCUUGGAAAAGAAUCUUGAAGUAAAAAAAAAAAAAAAAAAUGAAAGACUGAAAAAUGUCCAUAAGGUCAAUCAAACGUUUAAUAAAAACUGACCUGGUUUAUUUUGUGAAUGCAUAUUACUGGGUACAAUUCAUCCAUGCAUGUUUUUGUAACAUUUUUUUAAUAAUAAUCUUUAAUUAAAUGGUGCAGUUUGUUGGU